AUGCCUUCCCAACUCCUCUCCACCAUCCCAACUCCUUCGCGACCAGGAGCGCUGCCAGCUGUCGCUCUCCUAUUGGGCGUGGCAGCAGCGCCGGAGAGCCCUAGGUGGCUGGCCAGGCGGGGAGCGGGGCGAGGGGAGGUGCUGCGGGUGCUGCUGCGUCUGAGGGGUGUGCGUGCUGCUGCUGAUGCUGCUGAUGCUGCUGCUGCUGAUGCUGCUGAUGCUGCUGCUGCUGAUGCUGCUGACGCUGCUGCUGCUGAUGCUGCUGCUGCUGCUGCUGCUGUUGGUGGUGGUGUUGGUGCUGCUGGUAUUGUUAGUAGCAGUUGUAGUCCUGCUGCUGCUGCUGCAGUGGCAGCUGAGUGUGAGGAGAUAUUGCAAGGCGUGCAACAGGAGAAAGGGGGCGAGGAGACAGGAGAAGGCUGGGAGAGGGAGGGCGGGAGCGGCAGUGGUGAAGCAGAGCAGGAAGGAGUGGUGGAGAGUGGUGGAGUGGGAAUGAGAGCUGUGGGAGGAGGUAAAAAGGGAGCUGGUAGCAAGGGCGUGUGGGACUUGUCAAAGGAGCUGCUGUUUGGACAUGCCAGAAGACCGUUUGCGCUGUGCGUGGGGCUGAUGGUGCUGCAGCAGUGUGCGGGCAUCAACGCCAUUGUCUUCUUUGCAGCGGCCAUCUUCCGCAACGCAGGCUUCACCAACCCCAACCUCCCCAGCUUCGGAAUCGCUGCCGUGCAGGUCCUUUUCACGGUCUGCUCAGCGCUCCUCCUGGACAGGGCGGGUCGUCGCGUGCUGCUGCUCCUCUCUUCCUCCGGCAUGGCCCUCUCCUGCCUCCUCCUCGGCCUCUCCUUCUACCUUCCACACGCGCACCUCCCCUUCCUCCCCGCCUCCUCCGCUCCCCUCCUGGCCUUCUCUGGCUGCAUGGCGUACAUUGUCUUCUACUCCAUGGGCAUGGGCGGCAUUCCUUGGAUUAUCAUGUCCGAGAUCAUCCCAGCACACAUGCGCUCGCUGGCAGGCAGCCUCGUGGUGCUCUGCAACUGGUCCCUCUGCUUCCUCAUUACGCAAACCUUUGCUGUGCUCUUUGCAUGGAGCUCUUACGGAACGGUGUGGCUGUAUGGAACGGUGGCUGCAGUAGGAGUGGCUUUCAUAUGGUAUUGUGUUCCAGAGACCAAGGGCAGGUCUUUGGAAGAAAUCGAGGCUUUCUUUAGACCUGAAAACGAUUCCUACCAGUAG